CUGGGAAGUAGGAAGUGCUGUGCUCAAGCUUCCUGUAUAAAUAAAUGCAGCUUUCCCACAGCUACGGCAUGCAAGCUGUGGCGUGCUUUUAAGAUAUAAUGGCAGCGUGCUCUUAAUAGCAGGGAGGGGAUGAUUUAUCCGAGUGGCAGAGGGGCUGGGAGACAAGUCCUGCUGCAGUCCUAAAAAGUGUGCAGCUGUCAGAUAGCCGGAGAAGAGGAAGGGCGUGCGAGAGCAAUCUGCCUCGGCUCCUGGUUGCGAGCUUCAGGGGUUUGUGACAUAGUGGUUCUGGAGUCCGAGUGCAGCCACCGGAAAGUCACACCGCUGGCAGCGAAUGCUGCUCUCCUUGCAAGGCUGAGUGGACCAUUAGCGAGUGAAUGGGCUCUGCUGGGAAGGCUUGUCCUCACACCAUGACAGCUGACGAGUCAGAAGCUGGAGAGUUAGCUCUGGAGCCCCUGCUCACUUGCAAGCUAUGUCUCUGUGAAUAUUCCCUGGAUAAGAUGACUACUCUUCAGGAAUGCAGCUGCAUCUUUUGUACAUCGUGUCUAAAACAGUACAUGCAGCUGGCAAUUCAAGAAGGUUGUGGUUCUCCUAUCACGUGCCCAGACAUGGUAUGCUUGAACCAUGGGACCCUCCAAGAAGCAGAGAUUGCCUGUUUGGUGCCUGUUGACCAGUUUCAAUUAUACAAGAGGCUGAAGUUUGAGCGAGAAGUCCAUUUGGACCCCCAGAGAACAUGGUGCCCUGCAGCCAACUGCCAAACGGUGUGCCGCGUGGCACCGAGCGAGUCGGGAGCGCCGGUGCCGGUGGAGUGCCCAGCUUGCUGCCUGACGUUCUGCUCCGCUUGCAAGGAGGCAUGGCACCCGCAGCGCCUGUGCCAGGAAAUCCAAACUACUCCCGUACCGACCGAGCAGAGAUCACUUAUUGGAACAGAGAUGGAGGCGCCAAUUAAGCAGUGCCCAGUUUGUCGGGUCUAUAUUGAGCGAAAUGAGGGCUGUGCUCAGAUGAUGUGCAAGAACUGCAAACACACGUUUUGCUGGUACUGUCUACAGAACUUGGAUAAUGAUAUCUUCCUACGACAUUACGACAGAGGCCCUUGCAGAAACAAGCUGGGCCACUCGCGGGCUUCAGUGAUGUGGAACAGAACACAGGUUGUGGGGAUCCUCGUUGGACUGGGUAUCAUCGCAUUGGUGACCUCUCCCUUGCUGCUCGUGGCAUCUCCGUGCAUCAUCUGCUGCAUUUGCAAAUCCUGCCGAAGCAAAAAGAAAAAACACAGCCCACCAACAACCUAAAACUCUGUGUCUGUUUGAGCCUCCAUCUGUACAGCAUAUGUAUGUGAGAAAGCACAAUGGUUGUAUUUUGGUGCCAUACCUACCAAAUAAUACUCCCUUUUUUUGCCAAUUCUUGGGAUAAGUGCCUAUUCUUUACAGGCUACUCUAUCACUAACAAGUCCCACUGUGGGAAAAGCCUAGAUUGUUGUGCAGUAUGUAUGGUGUAGGUUUGCUUUCUAAAAGGAAAACAAGACACCAUUCAGUAGUUCAUACCCUUAAAUAUGAGCCACCUUUUGAGACUGUUGGAAUUUUACCAUCUUCCAUCAGCCAGGGAUGACUCGAUCCUGCAGUAUUACUCUGGCUGUGCAGGGCCAGUCAUUACUGCCAUGCUUUCCGCUGGUUCUCGGUGGCACUCCGAUUUCUCAGAACAUUUUGGGUAUUUUGUAGAAGAUGGAGAGUGAAAAGCCUGAUUAAGUCCUUCCGUCAGCUAGCUUGUGUCCUGUUAAAGGUAACAAGCUGUUAAGAAAAUAUAUCUGACAGUUUCCUGUCAAUUGGCUGCCAUGGCAUUUCUUUCAGCGUUGAAAUCAAAUGGAUUUAUGCUGUUGAUCUCAAUUACAGAAGUGAAAACCGACAAAACUAUUUCGAACUAAGAGAGGGCUACCUUGAGAAAGCUGAUUUUUUUCCAGAUUAAGUGUGACAUAUCUACCUUGAAAUAUGAAGAGUAUGCAUAUUUCCCUGCCAUUGGGCAUGCCUUUUGUCAGUAACAUGGGUGUAGCAAACUCACCACAAAGCUGAUCUUUCCAGAAAGCCCAUGGUACAGUUCCUAUUUGGUGCACAGUAUUGGCGUCUUGGUUGUGCAUAUAUAGAGUGGCCGCAUGGGUGUGGAUAUACCGAAUACAUAUGCACAAUUUAUUUUCUAGGCAGUCAGUAUAUUUUUUCAACAGUUUAAAUGGGGUGGCAGCAAGAAAAAGUCUCAUCAGGCUAAGCCAAACCCCCCGUUAAAAACCUUAUGGACCUGCUGAAGGGAAUACUUGAGAAAUGCCGUGUAAAUGUAAGCUCCAUCCAUCGAUGGGUAUUUAUUCUGUCCCACUCAAGGUUAACAAACUCUGUUACGAAUAAUUUAUAGUUACUCCAAAUCUGAAAGGCUGUCAUUUAAUGAAUGCUUCAUUUUCAUUUGGUGCCUCACCACCAAACUGGUUCAGCCCCUGGUAUCAGUUACACCUGUACAAGUUCCCUGAAACCUCCCUGAAGAGCUGGAGUUUACUCCAGGCUCACUCAGGAGGAGCUGAGAUCAGACUUCGCUCCCCGGAGUUUAUUUCCCUAAUGGCUGGUGCUCCUCACAACCCUGUCUGGUGGUGGCUUUUGUUCUGGACUCCCAUCUGUGCAUUUUGUAUCUGUGGGAACUGAUACGAGUUUGCACUAUGUAAUCAGUUGUAAUUCCAAACCCUUUUGCUAAGGGCUGCGAGGUUUCGGUGAGAUGCUCAGCCUGAGCAUCGCGUUGGGCUCGCCCACGGCCAGCCUGCCCACCGUGCACAGUGCGAGGCACCAGGAGCGCAGCGAGCAGCAUCUUUGCUGUUGUGUUUUGCAUUCUUGGCAGCCGUUAACUGUGACCUUUUUUUGGGGGGUUUUGUUUAACUUUGCUGUCUGGUUACUGUAACAGAGGUGGUAGAUGUUCUUAUUUUAAGAAAGUGUAGUCUGUUGAGCAGACUAGCAGGGACAAAGGCCUUAAAUGAUAUUGUCUGUUUUACUUGUUAAUUGAUUUCUUUUAUAAAUACUGUCUGACUUCUCUACCAGUCAUGACUGGAGGGCAGGCAGUGCUCACCAGUGUGAAAGGCUGUAUUUAUUCUCCAUCCACAGCUUUGAAGGGAAGCAGAAAGGUAGUCAGUACAUUAUAAAUACAGAGUGCAAUGCAGGCAACUGCCGUUUAUAAUAAAUAGAGAAUGUUUUCCUUACAUGUUUUCUUUAAGAGCACUAAUGGUAGUGCUUGGGGGUACUUGUGACAGAUUAAAGUGUCCAGCCCUUGGCUUUGCACUAUUUUUCUACCUGUUUUUAUGGCACUACUGUCAUUUCCAUUUUAUUUAUGAACUUGAAGUUGAGGGUCUUACUUUAACAAAGCCUCAAGGACAAAAAGAGAGGAGCUGUACAGUCUCUCUAACCAUAACCAGCAUUGCAAUGUACCAAUAUCCUUGGCAUGUUAAAAUUUGUGAGUUUUUUAUGUUUUGUGGUCUUACCUAUGUCUGAUACACCCUUUGCUAGUUCGGUUUCUCUCCUUGUCCUCUCCCUCUUUCCCUCAGCCCGUUUUUGCUAAAAUGCCCAAUGGGAUGAAGGUGUCUCAUGUUUUUUUUCCAUUUAUACUGCUGUGUUAAUGAAACUGCCAAGUUCUUGCCUCUGUUGAAAAAAUGCAACUGAAGGCAGUUGUCUUGCCCAGAAUACAGUGAUGGACACGAUGUCACCAUUUGAAAUGUAAUACAAAUUUGACCUUUUCCCGUUCUUUAAAUGUUGUCCAAAGUUAAUGCAGAACUCUCUGUAGAGUGGGAAUUUGUUUAAAUGGUUUGAAAGAUGAUAUUUUAUAAAAACAUGGCAAACAUGCGUAGCUGUAAAGUUUGGGAAAACGACAGUAUCCCAUUUAUUUUUAACUCCUCACUUUAAGUGCAGGGUGACUCCUUCCAAAGGCUAAUUCCUACAGAGCAGAAGGAAGGUGUGCCUUUUCCAUGGGCACAUUUUAUUGCUGAUGCCAGUUUUGGUGCCUGGGGUGGGUAUCAAAAGAAAUUCAGUAUGCAAGUGUUAGCACAAUGUGACAGCCAGAGUGCCAGUCAUGUAAGGAGCCUGUACGCAGGCUGGUGGCAGUGGCCAGGCUGUAGCUGGAGGUCUUUGCACACAAGCUGGGUAAGGAGAGCAUGAGCUACAGGGACACCUUCCUUUGGCUGUGGGGAUGCAACAAAUUGACCUAGAAAGAAGCCUUAGAAUACUUUAGAACUUAGAAGCCUUACAAAGAUCAUUUCCUUUAAAAGGCUGUGUCCAGUGCACCGUGUACUCUGGCCUUUUGUUGCGUGGGGUUACUUGAGCAUGUGCUUUAAUCAGACCCUGACCGCCCGGCCCGUGAGGAUGGGCUGACAGCCGAGCAGAGCUGUGCCUGCGCUGAGGUGCUGGGAGCGGCAGGGCCCUGCUGCCUUGUUUUCCAGAAGGCAGCUUUGUUCCACCAACUGAUAAUACAGAGUUUCCAGAGAACUGUUUUAAGCAGGAACCUUUUUACAAUGUCAAGUUUUGUUGGGUUUUUUUUCUUUCUUUUUUUUUUUUUAACUUUUUUAAGAAGAAUUAAAGUUACAUUGUCAGAGAUUCAUUGCAAGCGUGACUAAUAAUACUAACAGAAAUUAUGGCGAAAGAAACAAAACCAGGCCUCGGAUUACUUGUGACUCUUCUCAAUCAAUGUAGCUGUAAAUCCACCCUCUUGAACAUCAUCUGUGUGAAGUGGUGCAUGUCGGUACCAGGCUUUGCUGGCUGUAGCAUCUCUCCUUCCCCCUGUCGCAGGUGGCUGGUGUGUGGGUACCCGUACUCUCACCCAGGGAGAGCUCAGGGCAGUGGCAGGGCAGGGUACCCACCGGAGCCGGGGUCUGUGGCACAGCACCCACCCUGGCUCCAUCGCCAGUUUGCCCUGGGGCCUUUAACCACUGAGAGAGGUCUUGGGGAUUUUAGGCAAUUAACAUUACAUUGAUGGUGUCCACAGACGUCUCUCUUGGAGAACACAAGGGGCAGCCACUCUAUUCCCUCUGAACCAGGGGCAUUCAUCCCUUCUGAAAACUGGGCUCUAGGUAUUUAUCAGAUCCCAAAAUUAGAGACCAGUGCUAGAAAUCCGGAUUUUUACUGCAGCCAGCCGCAAACCUCCAUGGCCACAUAUCUCACUGUAAUUUCCCAGCAGUCACUGGAGCUGCAUCAAAUACAGCUGAGAUCCCGCUCAGCAUCUCUUGUCCUUGUGUUAAAAUGGGGGUGAUGGUACCUGCUCCCCAAACCACCUGUUAAUAAAAAUACUUGUCAUGCUAUAGCAUAAGUACUUCCCUGCAGUAUUUAUUCUAGAACUACGGGAGAUGGUCAAUGCUGCUGUUCAGUAAUUGAUGAUUUAUUAUUGGUGCAUAGAGUUGCUUACCCCAAAGAAGGGCAUGAGGGGUAACAGUAAUUAAUGUUUCUACAGUGCUUUAAUGAUGCUAAAUGGUAUGUACUGUUGUCUGUCCAGUAACAUAGCAUAAAAUCCAAAGAUAAGUUUAAAAUGUACAUAAUUUUUACUUGAAUGAACCGAGAGAAACUGGGUAUUAUCUUCAUAUUUGCUUGAAGAUCUGCAAGUGGACAGAAAUCAACUGCAUUUCCACAACAGGACAAUGAAAUCAACUCCUGGCUGCUCUGUUCUUGGGUGCCACAGCAGGUGGUUGUGCUGUAGUACCUGCUGCUUUCAAAAUCUGAAAUCUGUUUAGCACUGCACUCUCCUUCUCCCAGUCACCCUCGCCUUCCUCAAACGAAUUCUUUUGAUGAUCAUGUUUUUCAUCCUCUGUCUCAGGCCAAAGAUUCUUGGAGCAAAAUUAGUAGAUUUCUUUGUAUGAGGAUAAAAAAAUCUUCCCGUUUUCUCCCAGCUGUUAAUAAGAAAUUUGAUGCUGAGAUAAAUGACCAAAGAUAGAAAUUCCAGGCUUGGCUUGUUUAGAAAAACUCAUUCAGAUUUAAGAAGGUGUUUUGGAAGACCUAAAUAAGGACUGCUUUGUUAGAGCUUGCAGGUAAAGGAGCCCUACAGCUUUCGAGCUUCACAGGAGAGAUGCUUCUGUUGCUGAGCAGACUUUAUUGGAAAUGUGCUGGGGAAAAAAAAACCCCAAACCAUCCUAUAUGCAUAUUUUUAUUACUUAAAUAAAAAAACCCUUCUCUUGUAUGGCUUUGUAUUUUAGGGAUUCAAACCCCCUGGAGGCUUUCUAGGGUGUACUUAUACUGUAAAAUAAUUUUAAAAAUACACUGAAACAGUUGAACAGACUAUGAUAGUUAUAAAACAGUUGUAAGAUGUCUCUCACACAUGAUUGUGUGGGAUCAGACCCUAAUUUAUGUGGCUGGCAAUAAAGAUGUGAAAAUUUACCUCUCCGGGAAUAGUGAGAGUUAAUUCUUCUGCAGUCUGCUGGAAACUGAACUUACUGCUAAGGUUGUGGAAAACUUUAGUCUAAUUUUUAUUUGUCCUCUAGUUAGUAAAGUCAUGAAGUGAGAGCUGAAUGGUUUUGCUGAACAGGAAGCCCAAAGGUCUGUUUUCUUUCACUACACUCCAGUUUCUCAGAACCAAUGUGUUUUUAUAAUUUAUUAUUAUAAUUUAUACAAUCCAUAUAUAAUUUAUAAUUAAGAAUUAUAAAAUAUUAAUUUUGAAGUAUUGUUGCCUUUUAUCAAAUGAUAGUUUUAUCUUAGUUGCAUUCAUACUGGAAGCCUUUCCUCUUCUGCUUCCUGCAGAGAAGGUCGUGGUGUUCCUUGCAAGGUAAAUUCCUCUAAUUCAGUGCAGUCCACAGGAAAUGUUUACCGCUAUCUUUUAGUUAUAUCAGAGGUUUUGUUACCAUCUCUCAAGUUAGUUCCCUGAAUCAAGCCAAUUUCUGUUGCUGGGAAAGGUAGUUUCUUACCAGCACCACUGUCCAUCACAGUUUGGGCUAUACAAGAUGAUACUGGUUGACAAGGUCCACCAGCUUUUUAGAGGACACCUCAUUCUUCCCCCUUCUGCCCGAGAGGCUUUCUCUUCUCUUGGCUGAAAAAUUAAGGACUUCAGUCAUUUGCUUGUGCCUUCUGGAUGUUCGAACAGAAGCAGCAGCUUCUGGUGGCUGUGUGCCGGGAGAUCCCAGGCUGGUUAAUGUGUGAUGCUGCGGGACGUGUGCAGGGAGUUGCUUAAAUUUCAGGAAGGUGCCUGAGCGUUACAGCUUGCUGGGCCUGUGCCAUGGAUGCUGUGCACAAGAGACUCAUCCAGGCAGCUUCCUGAGUGCCACCAGUUGUGUGGCAUGUGUGGUGCUGGGCUGUCUCACCGUGUACAAGCAUAUCACAGAGUUUCAUCAGGAGCCCUAUGGCAAGCUGGCCCUUUGCACAGCUACCCGCCCAGUCCCCAAACACCCCAAAUUCCACAGCAAAUCUCUUCCUUUUGUUUUCCUGUCUCUGCUACCGGCCUGUUUCAGUUUCAAAGAGCCCCCAGUUCAGAGGUACGUGGAGCUCAGCUGCUCUGAGCUGUCACUUUGCCCCGUGAGCGAGUCUGGUGAGCCAGGAGCAGCGGAACUGUCCCGCACCACGCUGCGCUGGCACCGCCGGCACCAAGGGUCGCCUUGUGUAUUUUAAAUACAUGUCCUUGGAAGUGUCCGUGCCUGGCACUGGUGUGACCUGGCGGCCGGUGCGGACCCCUGUUCUUCCCCAUCUGGGGCAGGUGCUGGCUUCGCGCUGCAGGUAGAGGCGCUGGGUCGAGCCAGGCUGUGCGCAGCGCUCCCACCUCUGCUCAAUUUAGGGUCUUCUGGCUGGACCAAUGCUGCUUUCGAAUGCAUUUGUCUGAAAAAAAGCCGUGGCUUGAAAGGAGCAGGAGAGAGGGCACUUUGGUGCCAUGUGGGGCAAGUGGUACAGCAAAGAGCAGCUUCAUCUGGGCAGCAGCCGCCUUCCAUCCCCCAGGGCCAGCCCUUCUUCGGGGGGCUCAUCUCCCGUGCUGCGGCGCACAGGGGUACAUCCCUCCCCAGCAUCCAGAUGUUGUUUCCCUGGUACCUGUUUAGGCUUACAUUUUGUUUAUCUGUGGUUUGGGUGUUUUUUUCUUCUUCUUUUCCUCCAGGUAAUACACUUUCUUCACCACUUUUCUCCUGGUGGAGGGCAAAAGGCUUUGAUCUUUGUAAGAUUUGUUAAAAUAUUUUUGUGUUUAUAAGAGGAGAGCUGACACGUAUAAAGAAAUAAGUGCUUUUGUAAAUUUUUUUGUUGUACGAUUCAGCAUUUAAACAUUUUAGAGAUGCAGUUUUUUGCACUCUCUCUGCAUAUAUUCGUAAAAAAUAUAUUUAUUUUCUGUCUUUAAGUUUUACGUUGGGGUUUUUUUUCUUCUAAUGUUAUAAGGUGCAGUAUGUGUAACAUUAAAAAAUUAGUGUAAAGA